AUGGCCACCAUCGGCGACGACCCACAACCGGGGCCGGAGCGGGGAACGGAAGGCCCGGCCCCACCCAACAACUUCCACCUCUUCCCAUUGCUGCCCGCCGAGCUUCGCCUCAAGAUCUGGCACCACUCCUUCGAGCCGCGCAUCGUCGAGCUCCACGGCCGCCGGUCCCACUACGCCGACGACCACAAGCACGGCGGCGUAGCCCGCUGGCAGAGCGGGUGCAACAACCCGGCGGCGCUCUCGGUCAGCGUCGAGGCGCGCACCGCCGCGCUGUCGCACUUCACCAUGCGCAUCCCGCUCGACGCCAUGUCGGCCAACUGCGACUUCCCGGGGGCCACGCGCCGCGACGCCCACCGCGCCCUGUACAUCAGCCCGGCCGACGACACCGUGGCGGUGCUGGGAUCCGUCGACUUCACCCGCCUGUCGGCCCUGCUGGCCGACGUGCGCCGCCUCGACACGCGCCGCGGCCGCGGCCUCAGGCGCCUGGCCGUCAGCGCCCAGUGGACGUACCACGCCGGCGCCAGCGCCAUGAUGCGCGUGCUCGCCCGCACAAUGUUCCGCGACCUCGACGAGCUCGUGCUGUUCAUGUUUGGCGACCGCGUGCCGCCCCCCGGCUGGGCGGGCGGCGUGUGCGUGCUGACCGACUGCAGCCAGACCGAGUACUUCAAGCGCUACGACGUCGGGAGGGGCAGCGAGCUCAAGGACGGGGGGAGCUGGAUGAUCGUCGGGAAGAAGGAGCUGAGGCUGGCGGACCUCAGCCUCAGGCCUGGCUGGUAG